CCUCUUGAAGGUUUUAUUUGUAAUAUGAGUGAUGACUAGGGGCAUUUAGAUAUUGCCUUCCCUUAUAAAACCAAAGUUGGAGCUAUUCUCUCCAAAAGCCUUGCUUUCAAGAAAUCCACACAAAACUGUAGGCGUGCAAACAAACACAAAGAAGAUGAGCUACUUCAGCGGCACCCACAAUCUUGUGAUGCUCAUGUCCACCCUCACCUUCUUCAUGUUGUUUCUUCAAGCAGCAUCAAUGGCGGUCGGUGUCGUGGAAGGAGAACAAUACCUUUUAGAUAAUCAACUAUUGUACUCGAAUAGAGAGAUGGUACAAAUAGCUGGUUAUGGAGAUGAGAAGCUCUCAACGGUGCUAGUCACAGGCAGUGUGGUUUGUGAGGCUUGUUUGCAUGGUGAUGGUGAAUUACAUCUUCGUCAAUGGCCAAUACCAGGUGCUCGGGUGGUGGUUCACUGUCAUGACCAGGCUAAGAGUAAGAGGAGUAGUAAAACAGCAAGUUGGACAGAUGAAUAUGGAGAUUUUGUUGUAGACCUUCCUUCACACCUUCAUGCAAUUCCCAAUUUGGAGAAAGCAUGUUCACUUAAAGUCGUUCGCCUUCCAAACAACUCAAAGUGCCGACCAAUACCAAAUCAUUAUCUCAAAAAACACAACUACUCUUUAUCGGUUGAGAAUGGGAAGGGGAAUGGGAAUGAGAAUGAGAAUGGCAUCCGUACCUACAAUACCGGAAAGAUAAAAUUUCUACAUCGAACUUCUAAGCGUUCUCCACCAUGCAUUAUUAACAAACAUAUUAUUAACCAGAAUGCUUAA